AUGGAUCUGUCCACCUUCCAGUUGGAGUUCAUGGUAGCUAAGACACCAUUAAUGCUACUCAAAAAUUUCAUCCCUGUCCUUAUUCCACUCAUCCUUUCCAUUAUCUUUCUCUGCAAAUGGCUAAAUCACACAGAAAACCCCACAAAAAACCUCCCACCUUCACCACCAAGAAUUCCUAUAGUCGGAAACCUUCACCAAGUCGCCCGCUUAAGCAUCCCGCAACGUGGAUUGAGAGCAUUGGCUCAAAUAUAUGGUCCGGUGAUGCGGCUCCGGCUAGGUCGAAGAGAAGCAAUCGUGAUCUCUUCCGCGGAGGUAGCUGAACAAAUCCUCCGAACAAACGACCUCAUUUUUGCGGAUAGGAUUCAACCAAGCUUUGUCGGAAGACUUCUCUACGAUUUUAAGGAUAUCGGAUUUUCGCGAUACGGGGAAUAUUGGAGGCAAAUGCGACUCGUUACAGUUUCCAGGCUUCUGACGACCAAGAUGGUUCAAUCAUUCAGAAGCCUACGUGAAGAAGAGAUCAUCAACAUGUUGGGGAGCAUUAGGGAAUCUUGUUUUUCAGGUUCCACUGUACGCAUAAAUGAGAUUUUAGCAAGGUUUAGUAAUAACAUAAUCUCUUCCGCAGCCAUUGGGAAGAGGUACUCAGAAUUGAAAAAUGGGAAUCGGUUUCAGGAGUUGUUUUCGGAGUGCACAAUGAUUUGUGGGUAUUCAAAUAUUGCCGAUUUCAUCCCUUGGCUUGGAUGGCUUAAUCACAUCAAUGGUAUGGAGUCAAAGGUGAAUAGGGUUGCAAAAGAAGUGGAUGAAUACCUAGAAAGUAUUGUUGAACAAGGUGUUGAAAAAAUGAUGAGCAGCAGCAGUAUCAAUGGUGGUGAUUGUAAAGAGGACAAAAGGCCGCAAAAUUUCUUGGAUGUCUUGCUUGGCCUCCAGCAGGAAAAUGCCCUUGCAUUCACUCUCGAUAUUAAUUCAAUUAAAGCUCUUAUUUUGGACAUCAUUCUUGGUGGAACUGAAUCGACAUAUACACUUUUAGAAUGGGCUUUUGCGGAGUUACUAAGAAACCCAACUUCAAUGACAAAGCUAAAAGAUGAGGUGAGACAAUUGUCACGUUGUAAGUCGAAAUCAGUUGACAUGAUCACCGAAGAGGAUUUAGGAAGUUUACCAUAUCUUAAAGCAGUUAUCAAAGAAGCCUUACGUAUGCAUCCUCCUGCUCCGUUCCUUGUUCGACAAUCAAGAAAGGCGGUAAAGAUCCUGGGUUAUGAUAUUGCACCCGGAACAUUCGUUUACAUCAAUGGUUGGGCGAUUGGAAGAGACAUUGAAUCGUGGGAAAGACCAGAUGAAUUUCGACCAGAGAGAUUCCUAAAUAACAGCCCUGUCGACUUAAAAGGACAUCAUUUUCAAUUCUUACCUUUUGGUUCUGGAAGGAGAAUUUGUCCUGGUUCCGCCUUUGCCUUAGUUAUAGCAGAGCUUGCACUCGCCAACUUGAUUCUUAACUUUAACUUUGAAUUGGCUGAUGGAAAGAAACCUGAGGAAUUGGACAUGACUGAAGCUCAUGGUCUGGUCACGAUUAAGAAAACCCCAUUACUUGUUGUUGCCAGUCUACCAAAUUAA